AAUAAGAGAAACAUAAACAGCUGUCAUUACAACUGAUUGAUAAGUCGUUCGAGUGUAGACCGCGAGAAUGGUUUGUGAGAAGUGCGAAAAGAAAUUAUCCCGUAUCGUUACGCCGGAUCCUUGGAAAGUUGGUUCACGCAAUACUACACAACCUGGUGGACGGAAAGUAAAUGAGAACAAAGCCUUGACUAGCGCUAAGGAUCGAUUUAACCCCAUCGGAAGAAAUUUCGCCCCUUGCCGGAUAUGCCGCCAGAAAGUUCAUCAAGCCGGAUCACACUAUUGUCAAUCCUGUGCGUAUCAAAAGGGAAUAUGUGCAAUGUGCGGAAAGAAGCUGCUCGACACACGAAAUUAUAAACAAAGUUCAGCAUAAAAAAAGUUGUUUUAAUAUUUUAUAUUAUGUUCUCCUACUAAGUCUACAUUGUAAACAAAAAGUGUUUAUAUUACAAAAUAUAGUGUACUACUUGGCGUUUUUAA